AUGAAGUGGUCGCGGCCAGAAAGCCUUCCAUUCCCACAAGUUUGGUGGAGAUUCAAAGCAAAAGAUCCAGAAUCUGGAGAAAUCGUGGAUUAUCGGAUUGAAGAUUGCACAGAGGAUCGCUUCGAGGAAGUCGCAAAUCUUAUGAUGGACUGUUUCGUUCCUGAUGAACCCAUGAAUAUUUCUCUUGAAACUCUCAAGGAUGAAGUAUCUCUGACUGAAAUAAGAGAAAUGUGGGUGAAAACUAUCCCACAAAAAUUAACGCUUGUCUGCUACAAAGAAGGAUCCAAUGAAAUUUGUGCCCUAAAUAUACUCGAAGUCAUUGAAGAAAAGGAAGCAAGGAAGUAUACUGCAGAGAGCCCGAAAGGAAAAUCUGUUAUUAAUCUACUAGCCACUUUGAAUUUUCUGAAAGAAAAGGCAAAUGUAUACAAACGCUACAAUGUGGACAAAUAUCUGCACGGAUUGGGACUGUUAACCAUGCGAAAAUAUCGAGGAUGUGGACUUGCUACGGAACUCUUGAAGGCGAGAUUUCCCCUCAUGAAAGCUCUGGGAUUGACUCUCACCUGCACACUGUUUUCCGGUCCUGGAUCUCAAGGAGCUGCUAUAAAAGUGGGAUUUUCCGAAGAUGUUGUAGUUACGUACGAAUCCUUAGGAAAGGCGCAUCCUUUCGUAGAAUAUCCUAACAUUUCUUGGCCUGUUGCGAAAUUCAUGUGUUAUCAGUUGAAUUAAUUGAAAAGGCAGAAGCCGGUUGAGGAAAUGUUGUCAUGUGAAGAUAAGAGAUUUGUUUUUAUUUUCAGCUAAUUCACGUUAAAAGACAAUCUUAAUAAAACACUAGACAAUAUAUGUAUAACAGAUAUGUAUAUGUCAUGUGUAUUGUAUAAAUAACAACCAGAAUGUAGUAUUUUAAAAUAAAAGUAUGUA